GCGGCGCUGCGCUCGCCUGUCGCAGGAGUGGUUCGAACUGUCAUUGUGGAACGUUCAUUUUCAUGUAGUUUUCUGUGAUAAGAUUACUGUAAAAUUAUAGUUUAGCGUAAUAAUUAAAACAAUAACGAUGUCUACAUCGGGUGAAUUUGGUAAUCCUUUACGCAAAUUCAAGCUUGUCUUUCUCGGCGAACAGAGUGUUGGGAAGACGUCUCUCAUCACUAGAUUCAUGUACGACAGCUUCGACAAUACUUAUCAGGCAACAAUUGGAAUAGAUUUUCUAUCGAAGACUAUGUACUUGGAAGACCGUACGGUGCGACUCCAGCUGUGGGACACUGCGGGCCAAGAGCGGUUCCGGUCCCUCAUACCUUCAUACAUAAGAGAUUCGACUGUGGCGGUUGUUGUUUAUGAUAUCACUAACGCGAACUCAUUCCACCAGACUUCGAAAUGGAUCGACGACGUUCGCACGGAGCGUGGUUCUGACGUCAUCAUCAUGUUGGUCGGCAACAAGACCGAUCUCUCGGACAAGAGGCAGGUCUCGACCGAGGAAGGCGACAAGAAGGCCAAGGAACUGAACGUGAUGUUCAUAGAGACAAGCGCCAAAGCUGGUUACAAUGUUAAACAGUUAUUCCGAAGAGUAGCUGCUGCCCUGCCUGGCAUGGACUCUGCCGAAAACAAACCUCCCGAAGACAUGCACGAGGUGAUCUUGAGACAAUCGCCCGGCGACAACAAGGAGCAGGACAGCAGUUGUGUUUGUUAGACGCCGCCACCGAAGCUCACCAGCGCUCACCGGCCGGCGACGGUGGCUGCAGGCUCACGCUGAACACUCAGACGAUAUAUACAUAUAUAAACGUAAGCUUUGACGGCUGUAUUUCACCUGUCGAUGGUCCACAAGUAAAUUAUCGAAAUCCGAUAUCCAAGAGCGUUGUUUCAAUUAAUUAAAUACAUUAAUAAUGCUCUUUUACUGAUUUAUUUUGUUUACAUAUAUGAGUCGUCUAUUAUCAAAGGUGGCAAUUAGA